AUGGCCCUAUCCGUCAUUUGGCUCGUUCUCACAGUUCAGAGUUCUCAAAGCCUCGGGGAGAGAAUAAAGCAGCCCGGCCCCUUGGAACCGGGGCAUCCGACAGUUGAGGAGUUCAAGUCCUGGUUUGACUACAUCUACAACGUUGUCAACAUCGAGCCUUCCGCGGAAGCAAGAGCCAAAGCCCUUGAAACUCUUGCAAAGGAUCAUCCAAGCUUGGAAGAUGUCAAGACCUGGACGAGCUACUUGCACAGUGAGAACGGUGGGGAUAUGAAGAUGGCAGAUGCCUUCGAUGAAGCCCUUAAUGUUCUGGGAAAGGACAGGCAUCCAAGCCUGAAGGACCUGCGGACCUGGUCCAAUUACUUCCUCCAUCAUUGUGGUGGCUCCUUCUUCCGUGGAUUCGCAACUUCGCAUGCCUUGGAGAUUCUUCUCGCCGAAGAUCAUCCAAACUUUGAAGAGUUCGCGGCUUGGUCAGACUACUUCUGCAAUGAAGGUGACUACGGCUGGGGCAAGACCCAGCAGGUAACCCAAAAAACCCUCGAUGUUCUCAACAAAGAUCAUCCAACCUUUGAAGAGUUCAAGAUCUGGAAAGGUUUGUUGCAUGGUUAUCGUACCGAUGACCGCAUUAUUGAAAUGUUGACAACAGAACCACAUCCAACUGUGGAAGAGUUCAAGGCCUUGUCAAGUUACAUUGGCAGCCAGGAAGGUAUGUACGGUGAGGGAGAGGAAGAGGCACUUUCGCUCCUGACUACAGCCCAUCAUCCAAGCUUGGAGCAGGUCAAGGAUUGGACCAACUACUUUGUCAAUACCAGGGACGACGAAACGAGUCGCUCAUGGGCAGUCAAGAGGGCCAUCCAAUUCCUCCAGAAAGAAGGUCGUCCUUCAGAACCGCCCAAGUCAUUACUCGGAAGGUUGACGUUCAAGGCAUGGUGUAAACUGCAUGGGAUUUGA